AUGCUAUCAAACAGGAUCGCAUCAUGCAGCGUGAAGAGAGGUUUGCAUGUUUCGGCAUCGAGUAAAGAUUUUAUGUCGUGGUUCAGGAGAAAGCAGACCGCGAAACCCGCUGCGCCAAUAAAGAAAACGGAAGAGUUAAUCAACGAGGUUGAAUCAGGAGUAGGAGGCGCCGAAGCCCCGCUUAACAGAUUGAAACUCACAGACGAGUUUUUUAUCGGAAAGAGCAACUUAGACCUUGAUAGGCGUGAAAGACAGUCUCGCGUUAAUGAGGUCCCUUUCAAUAAAUGGAUGUCAUCAGAAAAGCUCAAGUCCUCGGGCGUACUGGAUAGCAUACUCUUAGAAAGCUACAACUCGACAAACUCAGAAUUCAGGGCCAUAGCUAUUGCUGACGAGAAACUCGCGCUCCCAUUUACAGACCUUGUAUUUAAGUUUCAUUUCAGCAAGGCCCUACAGUCUGCCACGGGCACUUUGAUACCGGACUAUCAAAUCACUCGCCUGCAAACCCCGAUAGCUUUCCGGAACUAUCUUUUGAAAGAGGUUGUGAGCGGCAAACUCGCGAAAUUCAGAGAGUCCGAGCCUAACGCUAUCGAACUUGGACAAGGUCACUACUCUUCUGAUAGCAUUCACGUGGUAGAAGAUGUGAGAUUCAGUGAAAGAAAGAAGAAGCUAUCUAAAAUACUUUCAGAAGUUGAGUUUCUUGAACGCGAAGCGGCAAGACAAGCUGUGGAAAAAGCUCGUCAAGCGGCCUAA